CCCGCCCGGGAGGAUCCCCAGUGUGAGCGGCCUCGGACCCGGGGCCGGGGGUGGCCCAGGGGCGGCCAAGGGGCAGCCGCCAAGCUGCAGAGGCAGCCUGAGCCCGGAGCGGGGGUCCAACCGCAAGUCAGUCUUGGACCUGGGUCGGAGGAGAGGAAAUGACCUUUGGCUUUAAAAGGAAGACUCCAUUUUUCAUGAUAAAAUGGCAGUGGUGAAAAGCCCCAGCAGAGAACUAAAGAAUGCUGAAGAACCCUUUAAUAAUGUGUCACCCCUCCUUUUGAAGAGCCUGGUGCAGGAGCCUGAGAAAAGGACAGAAGUACCCAAUCACCUCCUAGAAUCCAAAGUUUAUGCAAAACUACUGAAUAAUAAGGUCAUACAGGCAAGACCUGGCAUAUUACAUUUUGGAGGCUAUCAAGUAGAAAAACACCACAAACAGACUCUGCAUCUGGUCAAUGUUUCCGAUGAAGAUACACAUGUUCAUGUUUUACCCCCACAAACCAAAUACUUUCAGAUCAAUUAUGUGAAAAAGGAGCACCGCCUCGUCCCUGGCUUAUCUCUGAAGAUCACCAUUACAUUUUCUCCAGAUGAGUGGCGAUACUAUUAUGACUGCAUCCGUAUUCACUGUAAGGGAGAUGACACUUUGCUUAUUCCUAUCCAUGCCUAUCCUGUUAUGAACACACUGGACUUUCCCUCAUUUAUAAAUCUAUCAAAUGUCCUACUUGGUGAAAGCAAGAGUUAUGUUAUUCCUUUGCAGUGCAGCUGCCCCGUAGAUUUCGAGUUCCACAUCACUUUGAUUCAGUCUCAUCAAGCCUUUACCAUUGAGCCAACAUCAGGAAUAAUUCCGGCUAACGGGAAGAUGAAAGUGACUGUUAAGUUUACACCCUUUCAGUAUGGGACUGCACAAAUAAAAAUGCGGUUAUGGAUUUCACAGUUCAACUCUCAACCAUACGAAUGUGUCUUCACCGGAACGUGCUAUCCCAACAUGGCCUUACCAUCAGAAGAGUUUGAAAGGUUAAAUACUCUUUCUAAGAGAAUGAAUGCUCCUCCAGGAAAAGCAAUGACACGCAUACAUUUUCACCGACCACCAGCGAAGAUAAAACCCCCAAAGAUGAAGGAAAUUGAGUACCAGAAUUUGAGAUUUCCAGUAGAUUUAUCAAAUCCAUUUGCUGUGGCAACUGUUUUAAACCAAGAAGCAGGAAAAUUGAAGAUUAAAGAAUUAAGAGAAGUUUUGGAUCAAGGCACUGAAAUUUCAAAAACAAGACAGAUGAAGGAAGCGCUCUUUGACCAUAAAGUCAGACAGGAUGUUUAUGAAGAGCUUGAAAAUCAUCUUAAGUGGCAGGUGCACCUUGGUAAAGAUCCCAUAUCUUAUAAAUAUAGAAAAGAACUUGCUGAGGAGCGGCAAAAAGCAGGCACCAAAUAUAAGUUAGAUAGAGGAGACCCUAUUUUGGAUGAGGAAUUUCAGCGACUCAAGACAGAAGUUAGCAACAAACGGGUCAUUCGGGAUCUAGCAGAGGAAAUCGAGGAAUUUCAUCCUAAUUUUGACCCACUCAUGAAUAAUAAUUGGGUCAGCAGGUUCCGGGCACAAAGACGGUUUCAACAAGCAGCACGCAAGAUCAUAGUUCAUCGACGAUUACUCAAAAUGCUGACUGCUAUUCAUAAAAUGGACAGAAACAUUGUAAUGAAAAAGAUCAGUCAAGUAAAACAAUUCUCAGAACAAGAGAAGAGUUCCUCUAAACUCCCCCUACAGGAGGCCAGUCAGGAUGACUGUUGCAACCGGUUCUCCGUGUCACCCAAGAAUGUGCUGCCAUUUGCUUUCCCAUCCCACAGUUCUCCUCAGGGUGCCAAUGACUUGGCUCCUGACAGCCUUGGACCAGUCCCCAUCAAAUCUUUAGAUGUUCAAAUCAAGCAGUCCUAUUCUUUCUUCAAUUUGCAGGUUCCUCAACAAUAUAUAAUUAAGAGGUAUCAGCCAUUCUCUGCCCACAGAUGUUCAAAAAGUUACAUACCUCAAAAGCUUGCUCGAGCCCUAAGGCAAGGAGCUGAGGAUGAAGUCACCACCAUUAUAGCCCUUCCAAAACAGGACUCCACACCUCAGCAAUAUGACAAGACAUCAAUCUUAAACAUGAAACCGCCCGAGGCGCUAGCCGUGUCUCCAGAUUAUGAUCCGCUUUAUGUUUUUAAUCCCAGCCCAGGAUUAUUUGCUGUAAUGCACCCUCUGACCUACGUGGAAACUUUGAUAGAUUACCAUCUCUGCUCUCACCCCAAGUACAAGUUCACCAAAGAGUUCCACAGUGGGUCCAGCAUUCCUCUCACCCAAAAGCAGUUUCUGCAUCACACGGACAUUGUUCCCGGAGUUAUGCGCUGGAAGAAGUUCCACUCCCUGGUGUUCUCCUCCCUGCCCGACACCGCCAAGAUAGAGAGCGCACAGAGCUGUGACCCCCUCAAUUUGGUCAUGCUUCCCACAGACGUCCCCGCCAUUCUUGCCGCCUUACCAGAAGAAGACAGACUAGAAACCGUUGAACGUGAGCUCUCUGAAAAGACGAUAGAAGUUACGUUGACUCCAGAAAUGAUCCGAGCAGAAUUCCCUAUACUGGACACCAAGAAGGAGAAAGAAGUGAAAGACCAAGCACCAUCACCAGAGAAGGCAGGAGAAAAGAUCCUCGAAGAGAUGAAGAAUCUGCGGAGCAAAGCUGUCAACACAAACCUGAUUCUAGAAUAAAAAUCACCAGUAGCCUCAAGAGUUCCUGAGCUGUCCCCGGAUGAACAGUAGGGUGCCAGUGUCAGGCCUCAGACCCUGGCCAACAUCUUAUAGCACGGGCAGAGUCAACAACAGGAUCAAAAACAGCCAUACUAAGUCUGCUUCCGACAGCAAGACAGCUGCCUGUCAUCCCAGCUGCUAAAAGGAUAGGAGUAGGUGUGGCAGUGUCACAGUACCCUGGGAAUUUGGCUACAAUCACUA